AUGGUUCUCGCCAUGCUGGGGGCUCUAUACCCCAGGGCUGGGCUCAGCCUCUUCCUCCUCUACCUCAUCCUGGCAGCUACACUCCUUCGCCCCCAGCCCCUGAGGUCUCAGCGAUCUGUUCCUGAGGAAUUUUCAGCCCCCCUGGAACUCUCACAGCCGCUUGCUGGACUGGUGGAUGACUAUGGGGUCCGGCCCAAGCACCCAUGGCCACGAGGGCCUCGAGGGCCUCGGCCCCUCCUCUCCCAGGCCCAGCAGCGCAAGCGGGACGGGCCAGACAUGGCUGAGUAUUACUAUGACGCACACCUGUGACGGCGACCCUUCAUAAAGCUGUUCUGUGCAGCAAGGGCCUGGCUUUCCUGGGGCA